AUGUCCGACAGGUCCUUGGACUCCUCCUUCUGCUGCUUGAUCUCCUCGUCGUCGGCCUCCACAGCCAGAUCCCAAAGCGUCACGGUGUUGUCCUCGGAAGAAACAGCAACAAUGGACUCGUCAAGCGGGUUGAACGCAAUCGAAGUGAUGGCAGACCGGUGGAAGUCCGCAGGCUUGUGCUUCUUGGACCGCGUGUCCCAGAUCCUCACGUAUCCGUCGGUGCCUGCGGUAGCAAACACCGUUGUUUCCGACCGCGACCAUUGGAUGUCCUCGAUCGAUGCAUUGCUGGCCUGGAAGGCCGUCUUGUCGGUGGUCCACUUGCUGUUGGACCCGUUCGUCAGAGGAACGGUUUCGCUUUCGAGGAUCGGGUCGUGGUCGUUGUCCUCCUCGUCUUCGUCGUCUUCAUCCUCUUCGUCGUCGUCGUCCUUCACCAAAGUCUUGGCCAACGACGAAAGCUUCAUCACAAUCAUCUCGUUGUCCUUGUUUCUCUGGGCCUGUGUUGCGGUAGCAAGGUACAUGCUGGCCGGGAACCCGCGUCUUUCCGAUCCAAGAUUGUCGGGCAAAACGUCGAGAGUCAAACAUGGCCAUGGCAUGUUGACGUUGUGCAACAUCUCAUACACGCUGGGGUCUGCCUCCAACACCUCGUCUGGACCCAAAGGUCUGGAUCUGUGGGGUAAAUACAGCUCUUGUUGGCCGUCCUGCUGCGAAGACUGUUCUGGCUGGUUGUCUGUGUGUGCGGACUCGGUCUGGGUCUCCUCCAUCGCCUCGUCGUUGUCCUCUUCCCCAGAGGUGUCAAUCUCGAUGAUUUCUCCCUCGCUCUCAUAG